UCUCUCCUUAUCCCUUACUCUUCAUGUCCUCCCUACCACUUACACUUAACAUCUAAUACUAACACCAUCCCUACUUAUUCUUCUUACCAUUCCUUUCUUACCUCUUAUUACUCAUGUUAUCUAUAUUACCCUAUUACUACUCACAUUACUUCCUUACCUUCUUAUUACCUAUAUUACCCUAUUCCUAUUCAUAUUACCUAUAUUACCCUAUUCCUAUUCAUAUUACUUAACUACCUUAUUCCUUAUUACCUACCUCACUUUCUUUCCUCACUUAUUAUUCUUCCUUAUCUUUCUAUCUGUUCCUUACUUAUCUAUUACUAUAUUUAUUCUUCCUUUAUCACUUACUUAACCUCCCUUAUCUUUAUCACUUAUUUAUUAGUCUCCAUUCAUAUUCCUUACCUUAUUCAUUGUCUCUUACUCAUUACCUACCCUAUCUUUACCCAUCAUCUCUUACCUAUUAGUUCCCACUGCCUAUAUUACCCUAUUCUCUCUUAUAUUCCUUACUUACUAUUAUAUUUAUUAUCACCUCCCUUCCUUAUAAUCCUUACCUUACUUAGUGCUUAUUUAUUAUAUUUAUAUAUAUUUCCCUAUUAUCACUUAUACUUCUCAAUCCCCUUAAUAUCACUCCUUACUUUCCUCACUUAUUAUCUUUCCUUUCUUUCUAUCUCUUACUUAUUUACCUAUAGUCUGCUAAGUUAUCUUAGUACUUAA